AUGUCAUUUGUUGAGAUUAGAUACUUUAUAAUUGAUUGUUGUCUCAAACCACAAAUACGGCCAGCACUUUCCAACUUGACCUGUAGAUCGAGAAAAGCUGAACAUGAUUUACCACAGAAUCUCAGGAAAGCAAAAAGUAUUGACGAAACUACACCAAAGCAAAAACACGUUCGAAGCAAUGAUAAUAAGGAUAUUAUUAGAUAUUCUAUGGUGAAAACAGUCUAA